AGUCAAAGAUGGCAGAGGCUGAAAGCACAGUCAUAAACACCGAUGUGAAACAGAAAGACCCCAGUGAGGCACUGGUCAUUGCGGUGACCACCAGAGCCAUCUUCAACCUGGAGGAGGAGCACAAGCUCUACCUGGAGAAGGGUAAGGAGGAGUACACAAGGCACCAGCAGGCCAACCAGGACAAGCCCCUGCCACCAGGCACAGCCUUCGCCUUCAUCCAGGCAGCGCAGUAUGUGAACAAGAAGAUCCUGGAGAGCAAUCCAGCAGAGAAAGACCUCUUCGACAUCCUGGUGCUCUCCAACAACAGCCCAGAGAGCGGCAUGCGCAUCAUCAACAGCGCGAAGCACUAUGGCCUGGAGAUCUCAAAGUUCUGCUUCGUCAGCGAUGAGGACUCCACGCAGUACCUGAAGUCCCACAGGGUCAAGCUCUUCCUUUCGGCUGACAGGACAGAUGUCUGCAAUGCCCUCCGGAGAGGGGUCUCGUCAGCGCUCGUCUUCCAGCAGGAGGUGCAGGCCCCCAGCACCCCACUCCGUGUGGUGUUUGAUGGGGACGCUGUGCUCUUCUCCGACGAGACAGACCAGGUCUUCCGGGACCAAGGGCUGGAGGGGGCAGUGCAGUACGAGCGGGCGAUGGAGGCCGUGCCCAUGGGAGAGGGUCCCCUGAAGGCUUUUGCCAUGCACCUGGGGAAGAUGCGCAAGAAGUUCAGCCAGGAAAAGUCUCCCAUCCGCACCUACCUGGUGACUGCCCGCAGUGGCCGGGACAUGGGCAUCCGAGCCAUCAAGACGCUCCGGGAGUGGGGUCUGGCCAUUGACGAGGCUUUCUUCAUGGACGGAGCUCCCAAGGGCCCCAUCCUCGCCCAGAUCCAGCCCCACAUUUUCUUUGACGACGGCCUUCAUAACAUCCAGGGGGCUCAAGACGUGGGUGUACCCUCUGCCUGGGUCCCUUCCUGCUGCUGA